UGACACAAAAAAAGUAUAAUUACAAAUGGCGUUUACGUAGAAUAGACAGAUGUGUUCACGGCCACGAUGGGCGAUGAUUCUUUGAUAUUACGAGAAGAUGGUUAUAUACGUAUGAACUUUCCUGUUACUUCUUUAACGUAUCACAGUAACUUGAACAUAAUUUUGGUGAAGACUGAUGUUGGUGGUGUACACGUUUUGGAUGUCAAUUCUGGUGUGAUUCUUCAGUCGUCCUGCCUAUCAGCGGAUGAUGGGGGUACGCUUGGAGUGGAGUACGCGUCGGGGGCUGACAGGGUGUUCGUGUGGGAUAGCAGUGGCGUGGGAGCCCGGACGGAUUACAAUGGAGUCCUGCUGCUGCACACCGCGCUCCAACGGCCGCUCCCGUCUUCGCAGCCAGAUAAAAUAAUAAGAAUUGAACUUGUGCUCUCUGAGGCCGUCCUCCUGUACCAGUGCCUGCAGAGUUUGGACGUGCAUUCCAUCGAGGGCCUAACUGACUUCAUCAAUGAGCUCAAGAACUCUAUUGAUGCUGAACCGGCCAGGAAAGGAGUUAAGGCGCAAAAGUGGAGCACAGUCACCAUAUGCCUGCCCCAGUCCACACUCCGGCUGGUCACCACCGGUGUAGUCCAAGAGCUCAAAGGCCAGAACCGGAGGAUCCCUGCCCUGGCCAUCGCUUCUGCUGUGGGGCAGCGGGCCAAUGAGCUGAUGCCAUGCUCCAGGGAUGAGGAGUCGAGGGCACUGAUGUACUCUGAGGCGGAACGCAAGGAGACCUUCAAGCGGUGGCCUCAUAUGGAUUACAAAUGGGCGUUACCCGCACGCAUGGCCCAAGCCGGCUUCUACCACCAACCCUCCCCCAGCGGGGACGACCGCGCAAUGUGCUUCACGUGCAUGGUGUGCCUCGUCUGCUGGGAGAAGUCCGACGAGCCCUGGGUCGAGCACGAGCGGCACUCCCCCAACUGCCCGUUCGUGCGCGGCGAGUACACACACAACGUGCCUAUAUCGGUAACGAAUGCCACAGCUUGCGCGGCGCCCAGUCCAAAUGUGACCAUAGUCUCCAAAGGCAACACAGGCGAACUUAUCGCCACUGGUUCUGCCGAGGGCAAAGUCAACAUCUGGAAGUUUGACUGUGGUCUCAAGCUAGUCAAAUUCAUACACCUCUCCCCGUACGACUCCAUCUUUAGUGGGAUACUGUCUACAGAUUGCAACAAAGUGUGGUCUGCCAGUUUGGAGAAGGAUUCCUCGACCUACAGCCUCGAGCUCACAGCUAUGGCGUUUGUCGGCAUGACUUCACAACAAGAAACAUACCCACAAGCACAAAACACAGAAACAGCCAUAGGCGAAAAAGAGACCAGUAACAACAAGACCAAACCCUCACUCAUCUGUGCUGUCACCAUAACCAGGACUAACAAUAUUCCCUCAGACCAACCUAUAAAGGAGGAGGAUUCCAGCAAAGCACUCUUCGAUUCAGGCGCACCAGAUAAAUUCAAAGAGAGCGUCCAAGCAAUGAACGAUCAGAACGAAGCAAAGAGCAACCUCUCACCUAUAAACAAAAUGCUCUUCCUACUAACGUAUGAUAUACACAGCUCUUUAGCAGGCUCUAUAACAACAGUCGUUCACACAUCCAAUAGUAGCGGCAAUUCAAAACCGGGAGUCAGUAAGAAAGUAUGCACGGUCGCUCGAACGGACGACGCCAACAUAUACGACGAAAUAUACUUCCAAUAUUCUGACGAGGACACGGAGCUUCCCCAGUGCACCAGUCUCUUGGACGAGCAGAUAAGCAAUGUGAUUAAUCUUAACGCUUCUUCUAGUAAGGAGGACUCGAAAAUGUGGGAACCGAAGAAGAUCUUUUUAACGAAGCAUUACAAGUUGUUACCACCGCCGCCCCCUACUGUUCUACUGCCAGAACUACCUGAGUCUGGGCAGGGUAGCAUGCUAGACUUUGUAGGCAAGAUAUCGCAGUUGAAGAGUUGGAAGAGCGGAAAUUUAGACUCUGUCGGGACUAAGCUAGCCGACCAGACGGAUGCGGUCUUGCAGCAAGCAGACCCCAUCACACAUUAUCUCAAUAUGAACGGCCCGUUGGAGAUCUCAGACCUUAAGUGGUAUGAAGGCGGAGAGGGUACAGAAAAGAUUAAAGUUACCACAUUCGGUGGCAGCAAAGUCGGCACUCAGACUGCAGUGAGCAAUAGCAAUAAUGACGGCUUCGACAGCGACCCGCCGCAAGAAGAAGUCGUCUCCCAAGGCAUCGCCGUCCAGUGCUUAAGUCUUCCAGGUUUCAAGCUCAAUCUUAGAGAUGAUUCUAAAGUCACUCAUUUACUGCCAACAGAAGACAAGGAACAUUUACUAGUGGUUAUCUCCAGCAUCGAUCCAGAAAAGGUCAGAGUGGAGGAGGAAACUGACCAUGAUGGAGACACGAAAAUGGAUGUCGAUGACGUGACAGAACAGACGGACAAGGCAGAUGACAAAUCUGACGUGAAAGCGUACUUCAUACUGUUUAAAAUUAACAGCAGCACUUCAAUUUUCACUCUAGAAGACAAUCCUGUAAAUAUGAUGGAGCUGCCUUACGGAGAAAGUCCUGUAGACCUAUGUUUGCUGCCCAUUGACAAGCACGAACAGUACUCGUUGGCCGCUGUGGGCGUAGACGGUAGCCUUAGACUGUAUUCUCUGCCUUCCUUCAAAAUGCUCUCGGAGAAGCGAGCUCCUAAGGGUCAGUUCACAUCAGUAGCGUACUGCGCCUCAGUAGAGCGGCUUAGCGUGUCAACGAAGCACGGAAUGAUAUACUUCUACGCAUUGAAUAAUGGCGAGAAGGAUUCCACAGGCGAUAUUGACGAAGACGAGUUCGCUAACAUAGACUUUGAGAUGCUUCAUAGACAACCUAGAGAUGAGACAGUAGGGGCCACUCCUGCGCCUGUUAUGUUGGCUAACAAGACUGAACUAGAUAUGAGCGAUCUAGAAACUAUGACUACCUUAAUAGGAUCAUUCGGUCAUGCGAACACUACGGUACCUUACAGCGCAGUCGUGCCUGGGUUCUGGUGUGAGUUGUCGCCGGCGCAGCGCUCGCGCUCCGACCACCAGAACAACCGGACUUGGCGCUUGCAAAACACAUCUUCCACAUGGGACGAACACGUUUUAGAGCUCACUUUACCUUACAGUGUCUCAUUAGCUCAUAUAGAAUUUGGAUUCACUCUACACUCGUCAUGUUCCUCGAACUUACCUAUAAUUCAAGUGACGCUUUUGAAACAGAACUUACACGGAAUUGGCUAUAAGAAGGACGCGUCUUUCGGCCACCGAUCGGAGUCGCCGGUAUUUUUCCCGACGGUUGACGCCGAUAUGUCUUCAAAUUUAGAGAACCCAGUGAACAGCGAGGAAUACUUGCAAGCCCAUAACGCUGAGAUCCUCGCAGGGCCACUGCUACUUUCCUCCGGCUUGGACUUGACACAGCAAUCUGGUACUUUAAUACUGACCAGUCCUAGGUUAUACAGGGCUCGAGGCAGAACGUUUUUGAUCCAUAUUAAAACCUUAUUUGACCCAGCGAAGGACAUGAGCAAAGGCUCGAUAAAGUCGGGAGAAAGCAGCUCGAAAAAGUCCAGCUUUAUCGGUUGCGAUUGGUUACACCAGAUUUCGCUAACAGUUCGCUCCAGUCCUCAUACUGACGUUCCUUUGGAGCGUCAGCAGCGCAUAGCUAUGCUUGAAUCCAACGGCUUCCUGGACACAUUAUGUGAGAUAGCUGUAAGCAGAGAUGAUAGUGAGAAGAGAAAGUUAGCUUUAGACUUACUCAUUUGGGUGAUCUCGAUAAGACUGCAGAGACUCAGAUUGGCCAAGACUGACAAAGGCAAAGACAAGGACGCUCAGACUCCCGUGGAGAUUCAACAGUUGGAGUGUGUUAAGAUCAUUGAGAAACACACUGAUGCUCUGAUCAAGAACUGCAUUUUGUGCGGAAAUAGGAGCUUUGCUAAAAAGUGUGUCAAGAUCAUCCUCAUCACCAGCGAGGGUGUAAAACAGUUGCCGAAACCAUGGAAGUCUACAUUCGACGCGACUCUAACAACCGUCCUGAGCGCUUGCUUGCCAUAUGUGGGCGCUUGCGAAUCGCCAGGGGCUCUCCGCUGGCUCGUAGCUCUCGCACAACACGCUACGCAACGCGGCGCGGCCGCCGACCUGGUGGCAAAGUGCCUCGUGUUACUAGAGAAGACCGCUCGAUGCCUCGCAGAGCGCGGGGAUGAUUACCAUCACUUACUACGAGCUAGAUUCGGUCUGUACGGGCUGCCGCUCGAGCGCACUGUGUUCGCGGCCGAGACGCCCGAGCUGGGCAAGGGCUCGUCCACACCCGUGACGUACGCCAGCGUGCUCGCCGGCGACACCUCUGCGCCCGCCGCCGCCAAACCCGACUACCAGCUCAAAGACCUGCUCAAUCUGCCGCAGGAUAUGGGCGACUUGCCGCCUCCGCCCGCCGCCAAAGCCGACUCGCAGCUAAAGGACCUGCUCAACCUACCGCAGAUUCCGGAAACGAAAUCCACACCCGCGCCCCAAGCCUGGUGGGCGCAAAACAACGGAGUGGGAGUAUUCGGAGCCGGCCUCAGCGAAGCGAUGCCUCUACACGUGAGCUGUCACGCGGCCUCAGACGGGACCAAGCUGGAGUCCACGGGAGGCCGACACCAUCCAGCUGUUGUGUCGACGUUGCCUGGCGACCCUAACCAGCUAUGGAGCGUCGUAAAGGAAGGACAGAUGAAACAGAUGUCGCAAGACCCAGACUCGCUGGAGGACGUGGAAAGCUCCCUCAUGGAAUGCGAUCCGCAGGAGAAAUUAGAGUUUACAGAGGAGAAGUUCUUCCAGGAGCAAGAGCAAUGCGGCAUACCGUGGGCGCAGCUAGUGACCCGCGUGCCGCAACACACGCUGGUAGUGGAGCGCAUGCACAGCGGCGCCCGGCGAUACAUCGUGCUGGACCUGGGGCACGCGGUGCGCCUCACAGACGUGAUAAUCCCAUCGUGCUCGGACCUGGUUACACUGUGCAUUGACAUCUGGGUGUGCAGUGAAGAGACAGAUUGCGUGAAGCUAGCGUUCGCCACCGACAUCGCGACGAAGCAUCUCGUGCUCACCGACAUUCAGCCACCGCCGCUUUGUCGGUACAUGAAGAUCACGACGAUAGGCCGGUACGGCAUGUCAGCCAUGAAAUGCAAGAUUCCGCUGGGCUGGUUCUACGGCGAGGUGGCCGAGAUUGCCAACGUAAACGCGUCUAUUAAUUCUCUGAAUGCGCUGCACCAGGAUUUAACAUGUCGUUUUAGGCUAGCGACCGGAAAAUUAAUGGACCUCCUGAAUCCCUACUUAGAACUAUACAACGGCAACGCAGCCCACAUGAUGGCCUACCUCAACCUACCCAACGAAUCCGACCCCAAAGUCCUAACCGCAUACCAGGAGUGCAUAGAACUACAACAACAGCUACACACAUGCACCAACAUUGUCAAAAGGCUUCAGAAUAAAUCUGAAUGUAAUGAGCACGUGCUGGACCAGAUCAAUAAAGGCCAAGUUACACCGGAAGCGUUGCUGGAGAGAGCCUCGACGGAUAAGUUGAGAGUUAUAAGCGAGAAUAUAGUUGAUACACUGCUGUAUUUCUUCUUCCAAGUCGAUGAUGUGCAACACCAAGAAGUUAGCCUCGAGUGGUGUCAAGUGGUAUCCGGUUUACUAUGGGAGUGGGGCGGCCGAGGUGCGGCUGCGCUAGCCACUCUACUGGCGCGGCUGUGUGGGGGACAGGAUUGGUGGGGCUCACACUUGGCUGAUACACUUACUACGGCAUUUUCCGCCGCCGAUGCGCCGCCAGCCGCUUUAGACAGAUGUUUGGUGCUCAUCAUGUACAUGGCGCGCAAGUCCCUGUUCGCGCACUCGGACCCGGAGGGCGGCGUGGCGGCCGCGCUGGCCGCUCGGGCUCUGGCGUUGCUGCGCGCGCCGCGCCCGCAGCCCGCCGUCACCGCCGCCGUGCUCACCGCGCUGGCGGCGGCGUUAGACAGCCAGCCCGCCGUGUCCAACAAGCACGCCAGCCGUUGGGAGUGGGUGACGGGCGGGCGUCCAGGCGCGACAGGCGCCGAACCCGCGCCUUCGCCACGCGCCGCAGAAUGCAAGCUACAUCGCCGCAAGCUGCAUAAGAAGCUGCUGCACCAAAUGCAAGAGUUUGAGGCUGCGCGGCGUGGCAUACAGGUCGCUUUAGAGGAACAACAGCGCGUCCGUUUCAACCUGAAAGCGCGCAUGGCGAUGGUCGGCAAGCGCAGCAACUCGGAAGGCGAGUCGUCCGGCGCGGCGCCGCGCGUCAAGCACACGGUGGUGUCGCCCGCGCUGUGUGCUCUACUAGCUCAAGCGCUGGUGCAGCACAUGCUGGCCAUGGACAGCGCCGGCUCCGCGGACACGCUCCUGCUGUGUGCUAAGGUGGUGGGCAGGCUGUGCGCGUUGUGCGGCGGCGCGGUGCUGGAGCCGUCGUGCGUGCUGGGGCUGGCGCGCCUCGCCGUCACGCUGCCGCCCUGGCCGCGCCACGCGCUCACCACGCUACUGCAGGACCUAGUAGAGUACGAAAACGGCUCGGCAUGUUCGAGCCCCACGUACGAGGUGGAGGAAAGAUGGCGCCUGGUCGAGGUCCGCGAUGCUGUCCCCGACCGCGUGGAGAUCCGCAACGGAGUCCCCUGGCCCGCCGGCGGCAAGGCGCCGCGCAAGUACCACCACGGCGUCACCGUGGCAGAUGUUUUGGCGGAUAGUUUCGGUCUGCCGAAGACCAAAACUGAACCAUUCGAAGGCAAGAAACCUAAUCAAAUCAUCAAAUCGCCUAUUCUGUCUUCUCCAAAUUCAAUAAAAAGCAUAGACAUGGAUCAACUACCUCAAGUAGUGGAGUCCGACGACUCCGAGUCUGAGAAUCAGCUGGAGCAGGAGUUCAGAGAGGCGAUGAGGAAGGAAACGCGGAGUAAGCCAGCUCCGGACAAUAAUACUAGCAACAUCUCGUGCUGCAUGGACGCGCGGCUGGAGAGCGGGUGCGGCGGCGGGUCGGGCUGCGGCGCCAUGGGCGAGGCUCGGGCGCGGCUCGUGCUGCUGGCGGGCGGCGCCGCGCUGGCGGCCGCCGUGCGCGCGCCGCCGCGCCGCGCCGCCCCGCCCGACCCGCCGCCGCCGCCGCCCGCCCGCCCGCACCCGCCGCUGCACCACACGCUCUACGACGUCUUCCGGCAUCUCGCGCUCGAGUUCCAUUACCAGAUGGACUGCACAUUCCUAGAAAACGUGGUCUCCCUGUGGUUGACGCUGAACGGCUCCGUGUGGGGCAGCGGCGGCGCGUGGUCGCUCAACACGCUGUGCGUGCCGGCCGACACGCCGCGCAUCCGCCUCGCCUCCGACACCGUCAACGCGCUGCUGCUAUCGCUCACGCAAUUGGAAAACAUUUCUUUGAGAUGUUGGGUGCUGUCAAUGCAGGCCUUAGCGUGGAUCGCAUCCCUGCCGUUACAAACUGAAGGCAGCAAUCAGACGAUGGGGCGCGUAAUCCACGAAUGUGAGCAUUUCGUUCCCGCCAUAGUAAAGUUCAUCACCACCAAUGUGACCACGGAUGGCGCUGUGGCUACCGCUGAGCCUUAUCUCGGCGGAGCGCACAUCGGCGCGGGCUCGGGCGCGGCGGCGGCGCUGCACGCCGUGCUGUCGCGCGUGGUGUGCCCGCGCGGCGCCGCCGGCGCGCUGGCCGCGCUGCGCACGGUCGCGGCCGUGUGGCGCAAGGACGCGCCGCCCACGCAAGCCUACGACCUGCAAGCUACGCUCCUGAGGGUGGCUCACCCGAUGCUACAAGUGCUUAGCCCCAGGCAUGCGGCGCAUGCGGUCAAACUGUUCGACGCUGUCGCUCACCACUCACUGGGCUGGGUGCGAGAGACGGGCGGAGGUCGCGGUGAGGCCGGCUCCGAAGCCCGUCUGUCCGGCCUGCUCGCCGACGUGCUCGGCGGCGGCGGCGCCGGGGCCGCCCGCCGCGCUCCCCUGCGCCGCGCCGUGCUGGCGCAGCUCCUGCACUACUGCCGCAAGCUGCUGCACGCACCCGCGCAACCCGCCGCCGGACAAGCCAAUACGUCGGCCUCGAGCCCAGGCGUAGCUGGAGGUAGUGGCACCUCUAGCGGCGGCGAGAGCUCCACUCAGUCGCAAACUGACGAAAGCAAGCAGCAAGCACAAGAUACUACCAAUCUUGAGGACGAGAGGAAGCAGCAGGCUCCAAGGGCGCCCUGCGUCGCUGAUACAGUGCUGCAAAACCAUGCAAUCAUGCAGAGGUUCUACAGGACGUUAUCCAUCUGUGACGGCAUGAAUACGACAGUGCUCAAUUCAGGUAUGAACUCGGAGCCUUCCGGCGAAUACGCGUCGCUGAAGGAGGAGGUGUUCUGGCUGGUGGCGCACAUGGCCAGCGUCGCCUCCAACCCCGCCGCCAUGCUGCCCAGCUUGAUGGACUUCCUUAAAAAAGAAGAAGUAGUCCACCUAUCCCAAGCAAUGCAGCAGCUAAUAAUCCGGCUACUCGACAAACCAGAAGCCCUAAACGCCUUCAUAGAGGCCGGUGGCUUAGAGCUGGCCGUAGAAAAGCUGACCCAAUGCCACCAAGCGGGCCCUAGCGCUAACCAGGGGCUCGUGUCGUCUCUUAUGAACUACUUGAAAUUGCCUCCGCAACUUAUCAAUAUGUCGACGUCGUCGAACAAUGGGAAUAAGAAGAAUCAGCUGCCGGUGUUGGAGACGACUAAUGGGCUUAUCAAUAUCGCUCCGUUAUGUACGGUGUCCUGCGGCAACCCCACGGCUCAAGCCGCCGACGUGCUGCUGAGCGGCGGCGGCGCCGCGCACGCGGGCGGCUCGUGCGCCGCCCGGCGCGUGCGCGCCGCGGCGUGGUCCUACCACUUCUUCAGCGCCGACGACUCGUCGCUCGCGCUCACGCUGCAGCUCCCGUACGCUGCGCAGCUGCAUGAGCUGCAGCUCCAUCCGCACCUCACCAGCCUCGCUACAUGCCCAGGUGCCGUGGCAGUUGAAGCCGGUUGCGGCGGCACGCUAGCCCCGCUCGGGCCUCCCCAGAACACCGCCGGCAUGACUUUCAUCCGCCUCGUAGUGGCGCGGCCGAUCGUGUGCACCACUGUGCAAGUGCGACUUUACAAGCCGAGGGAUAGCUCUAACAUGGGGCUGUUGCAGUUGCGACUACUCGCGCAGCCCGCGUUCGCUGCACCCGCUUCGCCGCACUCACUCCCACAUACCAACAACUGGGCGCAAGUAGUAGCCACGUGCACCCGCGCACGACUAGCCGCGCCGCGCUGGUCGUGCGUGACGGGCUCGGGCUGCGUGGCGGCGCUGUCGGCCGCGCUGGCGGGCGGCGGCGGCGCGGCCGCGCACGCGCACCACGCGCUGCUCGCGGCCGCCAAGGCCUGCCCGCAGCUGCGCGCGCCGCUGCUCGCCGCGCUGCUCAACAUGGACGAGCAGGCGCACGCACAAGCGUUCCAACCACCGUCGGGCGGGCGCACCAACAACAGCAUGAACGCGAUCUGCUCGCUGGCGCGGCAGCUGUGCCGCUGGUGCUGGGACGGCUCGGUGCAGGCCUACGUGCGCUGGCUGGGCGCCGCCGCCGAGCUGUGGCUGCGCGAGCGCCGGCUGCCGCCCGCCGCCACCGUGCACACGCUCGCCAGCGUGUUAUGGACGCUAAAAGAAGAAAGAAUCAUGGACAAUUUAGAAGAACUGAUCACAGACGACCUGUUUGAGCUUAUUUACACCUGGGUGAAAGAUGUGCCUGAAAAUAGCCUCAUAAAGAAGUCUUUAGACUCCGUGUUGUGUUCAAUGUGCUAUAUUCGACCAGAACUGUUCAGAAUGUUACUGGAACAGAUGGAUAUCCCCGUUGACAACGACGAAAGCAUGGAGGGCCUAACGGACGACACGAAAGUCCACGGCGGCGCGGCGCCGGCGACGGCGUGGCGGCUGCAGGGCUGGCAGCUGCGCACGGCGGCCGCCUGCGCCAUGUCGCCCGCCGCCACCACGCUGCUGCUCGGCUCCGCGCUGCCCGCCCGCGCCGUGCGCGCGCUCGCCGCCGCCGCCGAGGGGCGCCUGCAGAGGAUACAGCAACCCGACGACUCUGUGCAGAGCCCGCCGAGAGAAGAGCUCCCAUCAAUGAAGAGCAUAUGCCAGCUAGUGGAGUGGACGCAACUAUUGUGUGCUGAGCGACGCUUGAAAGACUGGCUCGGCGGACCCGGCGCUGUGUUCUGGAAGCCGCUGCUCAUGCUGCUGUGUUACCCUAGGCCGCAAGAAGGAACUUGGCAAGAAGGUGCCGAAUACGCGGCGUUGGAAGAGAAUACUAUUCGCCUGUUCGCUGAACUGACUGUGUGUCACGCGGCGAACCAAAAAUUAUUUGCAUCGACGCUUCAUUCCAUCCUGGAGGCGUUGCACUGUACAGGUCCAGAAGGUAUCAGCGGGUUCACUCGCGCGCUAAUCCUGCGCCUGCUGCUGUCGUCGUCCCGUGCGUCGGUGGCGCUGCGCUGGGCGGGGCUGGGCUCGGGCGGCGUGUGCGCGCCGCCGGCGCCGCGCCACCCCGCCGCGCACUGCCACGCGCUGCUCGCGCUGCCGCUGCACACCACCGUGCGCUCGCUGCUCGUCGACCACCGCCCGCCAAUACCUCUUAUGGACGACACCGCUAAAGUCUGUGUGAGCAACCCGUCAUCCUCGGGCUCCGGCUCGGUGCUCCGCAGCGCCUCCGACACGGCCAUCAUGACCGUGGCCGACGCGUGGGAGCUCAGCCUAGCCGCCGCCAGCGCCUCCAAGGACAAGCGCGUCAAGGACGUGAAGAAUACCUCGCUCAAGCAGCAGAACAGCAAGAAGCGACAGAGCAACAAGACGGUCGACGCCACCAUGCUGUCGGUGACCGACGACCUAAUCGAGACGACAAUCCGGGUACAGUGUCAGGGCAUAGAGGGUUGGAUCCCUCCGCACACGACGCUGGCGCAGCUGUCGGCCGCCGCGCCGCACGUGUCCGGUCCGCACCUCACGCUCACCCUUCACCUCAACACCGGCGAGGGCAACCCGGGGCCGACUUGGGACGGCGGAGGAGUGCCCGCCGGGUCUGGGGCGGGCAUGGCGCUGCGCGAGUUCGGGCUGUGCGGCGGCCUGGCGCUCGUGGCCGCGCGCCUGCCGCGCCCGCCCGCCGCGCCCCAGCCGCCGCCGCCGCCCAAGCACCACCACGACCUAGACUGGGUCAAGGUCGACGACCCCUACGAGGAGGUCGUAGAGCUGGGGGUGAGCUCGGUCAACAACAGCGUAGAAGAGAGCGGUUGCAGCGGCGUGCCGGCGCACGCGCUGGUCGCGCUCGGACUCCUGCUGAAGCUCGGCGGCUACGCGUCCGCGUUGCUCGACGAGGGCCCACGAGCUGUUCAGCUGUUGAGGCUGCUACUGGGGGUGACACACGACGAGGACGGCCGAAGUAUAGUAGUCGGCGGCGUCGGCAGCGGGAGCUUCUCAUUAGGCACUCUACCGUUCAGAGUAGUGUCCCGGUUAUUGGAAGCCGCGCCACUGGGCACGGACGACGGGCGCUCGCUACGACGAGCGUUGCUGUCGCUCGGCGCCGUGCGGCUCGUGCUGGCUUGUCUGUCUGUGUUCACACAUCACCGACCAGCUUCUAAUGAUAAUAGCCAAACGUCGAACGGCUCUUCGCUGGGCAAGGGCGAGGACAAGAGCCAGCUGUACUGGGCCAAAGGCACCGGUUUCGGCACCGGCUCCACGCAGCAGUCGUGGAACGUGGAACAGGCGCUGGUCCGCCAGAGGACUGAGGAGGAGCACGUCACUGUGCUACUACAGGUAUUAGCAUCGUACAUGAACCCUGGCGAGGUAUGGCCGCCCUCUGAGAGCUCGGCCGCGCCAGAGUUCUCUCCAGAUUCAGAGCGUAGCGAGGGAGAGUCGCAGGAGCUGCCCGCGGAGUUCAUCGACCUCGUCGCCAACAGCUCGCUAGUGCCCGCCAUCUGCUCCUACCUCAGGAACGAUUCGGUGCUGGACAUGUCGCGGCACAUCCCGCUGUACGUGUGCGUGCUGCGCUGCGCCCGCGCGCUGCACGCGCUGCGCUCGCGGCGCCUGGCGCCCGCGCUGCGCCCGCUGCCGCGCCUGCUCGCGCUCAUGUCGCGCACCACCAACAGCUACGCCACCAAGCUGAGGAUGAGUAAAAAGAACAUAUUCGGGAAGAUGACAUAUAGCCAAAGAUUUAGCACGUCGAGUAAUUCAGAGCUCUCGGAAGAAGACGAGGGUCUCGCCUCGCUCAUAGCUGAUAUUCAGGCGACGUCAGCGCUGAUGUGGGUGAACGAGGGUGAAGAAGAAGGCGCCGGCAGCAGCGUGGCGGCCGCCGUCAGCGGCGCCAGCAGGGAGGCGCGAUACAUCGAGCUUAUGCGCACCAUGCAGUUUGAAACGUUCGAGAUGAUAACGGAAUGCUUGGAGAGCGGGUUCCGGUUCUCGGUGCCGUACCACUUCGAGGGCACGGUGCGCGCGGCGGGCGAGCGCGCGCACCCGGCGCGCAUGAAGCGCCUGGCGCAGGAGGCCGCCACGCUCGCCACCAGCCUGCCGCUCUCCUACUCCUCCUCCGUGUUCGUGCGCACCGACACCGACCGGCUCGACGUCAUGAAGGUGCUAAUAACGGGCCCGUCGGACACGCCGUACGCGAACGGAUGCUUCAUCCUGGACGUGUACUUCCCGGCCGAGUACCCCGCCGUGCCCAUGCUCAUCAACCUGGAGACCACGGGCCGGCACUCGGUGCGCUUCAACCCCAACCUGUACAACGACGGCAAGGUGUGCCUGUCCGUGCUCAACACGUGGCACGGACGACCCGAGGAGAAGUGGAACGCGCACACCUCUAGCUUCCUGCAGGUGCUGGUAUCGAUCCAGUCGCUGAUCCUGGUGCCGGAGCCGUACUUCAACGAGCCGGGCUACGAGCGCAGCCGCGGCACUCGCGUGGGCUCGGCGGCGAGCCUGGAGUACAACUCCAACAUCUACCAGGCCUGCGCGCGCUGGGCCAUGCUCGACCACCUGCGCAACCCGGAGCCCUGCUUCAAGGAGGUGAUCCAAACGCACUUCUGGAUGAAACGCAACGAGAUAAUGCAGACGGUGGCCAACUGGAUCACGGAACUAGAAACGCAGAGCGGCGACGAGCGCACGCAGCGCAGCAUUCAGCUGAACCUCAUGGCACUCAAGCGUCACUACGUGAAGCUGCAGGAGGAGCUGGCGAAGCUGCCGGUGCCGCCGGGGCUGGAGGCGCUGGACGAGCCCUUCACGCUGCCCGCCGCGCCGCCGCAGCCCGCGGCCGCGCCGCAGCCCGCCCCGGACGACAUCGACCACGACAUGGAGAAGAUCGUCGCCGACGUGUUGGACUGAUGUGCCCCACCCCACAUACCCUGGGACCAUCGUUUGUCGGACCUCGUGUUGACUCUCCUCGAUGAUAUUUCACCGAUUCUGACGAGCCACUAGUGAAGAGCGAGUCGGUGCCGGCUCGGCCGCCGUCCGCCCCGUGGCCGCGUCUCUCCCACGUUUAUGAUUCGUAUAGAAUGUUUAUAUUUGUAGUGGCCGGUUUCGUUUUUAUAGUUUCUUUAUUUCUUAAGAUGUAGCGGGACCUCUGUUUAGUUUAACACUUAUUGUGAUACUAAAAAGGGCCGCGAGCCCGGUAAGCUAUUUAAGGGGGUGUAUUGUGUGUAGACGGGGACGCCGUAUCGAGCCAUCGAUAGUUGUCUAGUUGCGGGGCGCGAACGGACGACGAGGUUUAGAUGCGCUGUUGACGAUUAAAAUUGCUGUCGUUCAAUAAAAUGACAAUGAAAUGAGACUAAAUACGCUGUUGUUAGCGUCCCUCGUUGUGCCGCGCACUCUAGUCUAAUCUACGUACAUCACUUAUUGUCUGUUGUGGAUAGCUGAGACUCGUUUGAGAUUUAAAUUCUCUAACUCCACUAACGUUCGCUUAUCUAGACCUUUUUGGAUGCUUCGAUGGACUUGUAGCGUUUCAUAUAACUUGCUAUCUUCACGUGGCUUGUAAACGAGCGAUCGCUUAUUAUUUAAACUUUUGUUUUUGUAUGUUUUUUUUUCUUACACAUUUUAACGAGGCAUCCAAAGAUGCCGUAAUUUAACAUUAUUAUUAAUAAUAAAAUACUCUGCUUCGGACGUAAACUUAAAAGGUCUAUGACCUAGACUUACUCACGUUUCUUCCUAUGUAAUGUGUUCAGUCUAUGUAAAGCCUUGUACAUGCUGAAACUUGCCUUAUACACUCGGAACAUAUUUGAAGAAGUAACUACAUAGUAUGCUUCAAAUUAAAUCGCAAUAUUAGGAAAUGCAAGUCUGGCGGCAUAAUUUUUUAGCGGCCAGACACGUCUCUUGAUAUUUUAAUAAACAUAAAUUCGACCAAACGAGCUUGACAAAAUGACUGGUGAAAAUCUAUUAUUUACUCCUUCAAGUAACUCUGGUUUUGCGAUUAGAAGUUAAUUAAUUCGCCCAUGCUGCGAAUUACGGAUUACGUUGACUUUGAACUGAAAAUACUUAUAGGUUGUGGCGAAAAUUGGCUCCUUCAGAACUUCAACUUUGCCGCGCACCUGACGUAGCUAAGUUUAGGUCUGUAAUAUUGUAGUGGGCACUUCCGCAAAUUGUCAAGAGUUGUAAGAGUUUUAUUAAUCUAAUUAUUCAGUCAGAGCCCAGAGAAAGUAUGAUAGUUGCACACAUGUUUUUUAGUGUUUUAUAGUGCUAAUAAACGUUGGUGCAGUCUUUCUAGGUCGCGCCGGUAAUGCAGUACAUAGGCAUGUAGCCCUAAGCUUAAGUAUUGACGGUUUUCGGAAGUGGGGUUUGCUAUUACUUAAAUUUAACCGGACUACGCUGUGCGGAACUGCCCAGUGGUGUAUAUUGUGUACAAAUUCUCGUCUGCGUGUUGUCACAAACGGAUCCGUUUAAAUUAAAAUAAGUCUUUAUUUGACUUUCGCAAAUUUCUUCGUCUUGUGACGCCGGAUAUCGGACGCAAUUCUCGACGGCAAACGGAUUCAUUUAGGUUAUAUUUCCUACAACAUUCUAGAUUCCAAACAGUCUUGACAGGAAUGUAGAAUCUCGCUGGCACCAAGAAUUGUAUCCAAUCGUCUAGUUUGCCUGUCUCAAAUCGCAAGCGGAAUACAUAGACGACUUAGUGAUUUGAUUGAGGUAAUAAGGCUCAGUGUCGACGCCGCUAGAUUGUAACGGAAUUGGCUAUAUGUUUAUUUAUUCGGUAUAUUUUAUAUAACCUCAUCACAUGAUUAUCGCAGCCUGGUUUGAGUUGAUGUACUUAUUAGCCAGCCGGUCCGUUGCGGUCUUGCGGCGCAGCGCGCUCAUUGUUUUGUUUCUUAGGCGGCGAUAUUCGUCCAAUAAUGUACAUUAAAUUAUAAUUUGAUGUAUAUAUAAAUCUUUUUACGUUUUAACAUUUGUAUUUAAGAAUAUAUUAUUAUUGUAAAAGUAUAUCGCAAUUUGGCUCUCAAAGAGGCGGAUGGAACGGAGCUCAUGUAGUAAAUUAUAUGGCACAUAUAGUGGUCGUACCCUUGGCGUAGCCUUCCGCUUGUUGUGUCGCCGACAGCGCGCAGCCUGCGACGUGUAUAUACGACAUAGCCUAGCGCAACAAACCGACGACCCUCCCUUUUGAUUGUCUGCUAACGUGACGGAGGGCGUUCCUUGUUGAAUUUGACUGUGAAUUUCGGAAUGUAAAUAAAAAUUUAUGUUAUCGCAA